GCGCGGUAGCUUCACUGCUGCAGGGUCCUGAGCCGUGGCUGACUGCGGGAGCAUUCAACUGCCACUCCUGCGUCCUGAACUUAUUCAACACCAAAGAUACCUAGACACGCUACCCUCGUUCUACCGAUACUAUCGCCUCGCCCUUCCCGACCAGGAUCAUAUCAUUGAAACCUUUACUGCCAUUUGCGCAUGUGAAUUCACCCCCGCGCAACCCGCUCAGAGCUCUCCCCGACCGAAUACCUACCCACCAUGUCGUACUUCUUUGCGACUCCGGUCGACAUCGACAUUGUGCUCGACGAUGCCGACGAGCGGUCAAUGGUCGAUGUCAAGCUGGACAAGAACCGGCGGGAGAAGGCCCCGCUGUAUAUGGACGGCGAGUCGGUCAGGGGCGCCGUGACGGUGCGGCCGAAGGACGGCAAACGGUUAGAACACACGGGCAUCAAGGUGCAAUUCAUCGGCACAAUAGAGAUGUUCUUCGACCGGGGCAACCAUUACGAGUUCCUCUCCCUCGUGCAAGAGCUGGCCGCGCCCGGCGAGCUGCAGCACCCGCAGACCUUCGAUUUCAACUUUAAGAACGUCGAGAAGCAGUACGAGUCGUACAACGGCAUCAACGUCAAACUGCGCUACUUUGUGCGCGUCACCGUGUCGCGCCGCAUGGCCGACGUGAUCCGCGAGAAGGACAUCUGGGUCUACAGCUACCGGAUCCCGCCCGAGAUGAACAGCAGCAUCAAGAUGGACGUCGGCAUCGAGGAUUGUCUGCACAUCGAGUUCGAGUACAGCAAGAGCAAGUACCACCUUAAGGACGUCAUUGUCGGCCGAAUCUACUUCCUGCUCGUGCGACUCAAGAUCAAGCAUAUGGAGCUGAGCAUCAUCCGCCGCGAGACGACGGGCGCCGCGCCGAACCAGUACAACGAGAGCGAGACGCUGGUACGGUUUGAGAUCAUGGACGGCUCACCAUCACGGGGAGAGACCAUCCCCAUCCGGUUGUUCCUCGGCGGCUUCGACUUGACUCCAACUUUCCGGGACGUGAACAAGAAGUUCUCGACAAGAUACUACCUGAGUUUGGUCUUGAUCGAUGAAGAUGCGAGGAGGUAUUUCAAACAGUCAGAAAUCAUCCUCUACCGGCAAGCGCCCGAACUGGCCAAUUCCCAAGAGCAAGGAGCGUUACCGGCGCCGCCACCGGAAAACAAGCAAAUUAUGGCAGGUACCAGCGCGGCAUGAUUUUAGAAUUGGGGAAAUGGUGAAGCGAGGAAUAGCGCAAUGUUAUGUUAGUGGAUUGUAUGGACAAGCGGGGAGGUAAUUCUUCAGCAUGGGCAUGGCGUCAAUUGAUCCAAACACUUGAGAUUUAUGUGUUUGUUCUCAUCUUC